AUGGCCCGCUUCACUCACCUGAUGCCGCUGUUUGCCUUCGCCUUGGCUUUUGUAGUCCUGACCGUGCCUCCCUCUCAGGCCGCCAAGGGCGGGCGUCCUGCGGGCCACCCUCAUCACCCUCAUCAUCCUCAUCAUUCCGGAGGAUUCUUAGACACCACGUGCCGCGAGGUGCCCUUCACGCCUGAGGGCCUGGCCAGGCUAGAGCCCAUCAAGGCCGCCAACCUGGGCACCUUCAACUGCUCGGGCUCCUUCACCUACUACGACCCGUCGACCGGCCACGUGACGGCCACCAUUGACCUGCCCUGGUUCAACCAGUCCACGCUCUACGAGCCCUCGUGCGGCUGCUGGGUCACCACCAGCUUCGCCUUCGGACCCACCCUCCCGCCGCUGGUCAUCCGCGAGUACGGCAACGCGCUGCCGGGCCGCGCCGAAGAGGGCACGUGCCUGGAGUUCGACUGGCCCGAGGACGACGGCAACAUCACCCAGUCGAUCGCCUUCGGGCGCAACAUGCACUUCAACGUGCACCGCGACCUGCCCUACCUGCGCCAGAGCGACGGCACGCUCACGCGCCACCAGUCGUUUUAUCGGGUGGCCGGCACGCAGAACGAGCUCGUCGUGGUGCGCAAGUUCAACGAGGCCGGCUUCAUCGACUGGAUCGAGAACCUCGUCUGUCUCAUGGUCGAGCCUCAGCUCUUGUGA